ACGACUAUAAUCGCAGCGCCGUUGGUCAGAGCCGCGUGUCUUCCUCUAUAGUCACCUCCAGUUCUAUCGCCAGCAGCAGCGCGCUCGGCAGCAGUAUGUGCGGCGGAAGCAGGGGCGUCCUCAGCCGCAGCGCCACCCGCCCAUACCGCCCGUCCACUGGAACAGGCGCAGGGGGAGGCGGAGUGGGCGGAGGGGGAGGCGGAGGAGGGGGAAGGAUCAGUGGCAUUGCGAGGGCGGUUAGUCUAGGGAGUGACGUGGGGGCAGUGGCUGUCCCCGUUAUAGGCAGACAGCAGUUUCAGCAGAGGUCUGGCGGGACAACUCCUGGCGGGAGCAGGGGCACGUCCCCCAUACACGGUGCAGACGGUCCCGUUAUAAGAACGGAGCCUUUUACUAAAGCGAGCGCUGCUGCGUAUGUGCAACGGUUCCACUCCCCCCAGGUAGCCUCCCCAGCCCCACCAGCAGCAGCAGGAGCAGCAGCAGGAGCAGGAGCAGGAGGAAUUGCGGACACCCCUCCUCGCACGCACGUGCGCCGUCGAUCAGCCGACUUGCGUUCGAACCUCUCCCUCUCGCACUCCGCCUCCGUCCCUGAUGGUUCCACAGACUCCACAGCCCCUAACCUGGCUAGAGCCGGUGGUUCGGGGCCUAUUAUGCCCCGCCUGCCCGCUUCUGCUUCCGUCCCAAGCGGAAGAGGAGGGGGAGCGGGAGGGGGAGGGGGAGGCGGAGGGGGAGGGGGAGGGGGAGGGUCUACGACGAGCAGUCCGGGCCGGGAUUGGUCGGAGCAGCUGUCUGUCACUGACGCGCCGUUCCUGCCGGGCUCGUCUUGCUUCGACCUCACAGCGUGCCCCUCUCUGGCAAUAGAAUGGAACGAUCUAUUCUUCGCUGUACAGGACGCCAUGGCUGCGUAUGACACGCUGCUGCUGGCGCCGCUGACCACUGGCGCGCUGCCACGUGGCAGCGAGGUGAAGGAGCUCCAGCAGAUGGCGGAUGAGCUGGCAAGCAUGGCCCGGGACAGGAUGAACGGCUCAGAUGAGGGCGACGCCCGCCGCUGCCCGCUGCUGCUGGUGCGCCUGUUCGCCCUGCGGGUGAAGCAGGAGACGCAGCAGCUGCUGACCGUGUUUCCAGAGGCUAAGGACGAGGAACAGCAGACACAAGAGGAGGGGGCGAAGGGCGAGGAGGGGGAUACGAAGGCAGAGGGCUCCCUGUACGGUCUUGGGAUCACCCACGCUCGCUCCCUCUCCCGCCUUUCACUUCUGGGAAAGGCCGUUCGCGCAGCAGCAGAGGGGGCAGGAGAGGAGGAUCUCACGGUUCUGAGGGAUAGUCAGGAGUUGGGAGGGGUUCAGAGGAAGGUGGGUGGAGAAGCGGUGGGGGCAGCUGGGGAGGGCGUAUCUGCGUGGAGGGAUGGGCUGGGGGAGGUGGGAUCUGGUGUGGGGGCAGGCGGUGGGGGGAGGGAGGUGCCUCUGCUGGUGUGUCCUCAAAACUACUGGGCUAGGCUGAGUGCCGAGUGUGACAGUAAUGAAGGGGGCGCCUUAAAGGAGGUGAUUGUGAAGAGCAGCAGCGGUGGCAGCACCGUUGGCAAACCUGCAGCAGCCUCACGCCCGUCUACUUAUCAUGGAGCGUCUCUUUCUGUGGCUCAAAACAGCAGCCGCCCCAACCAGCGCCUGUGCUCGCAGAUCUUAUUAGAUCGCAUAACAGAUCUGAUUUGGUACACCAAGUGGGUCGGGUGUAGCGAUCCUGAUGAUCUCCCACUGGCCUGUAUCCCCUCUGUAGUGCCGGUGACCAUGCUUCUUAACGAGUUGGGCGCGCCUAGGUCUAAGGAAUCGGAUCUGCUCAUGUGUCACCGCUCUGAACUCCUCCAUCUCGUGCUUCCGGAUUUCCGGGAGAAAGUGCAGCAGCGAUUGGUGGAGGAGGAGUUGGGUUGGAUGAGUGAGGGCAGUGGGGUAAGAGGAGGGGUGGUAGGAGGAGGAGGUGUAGGAGGAGGGAGAGCAGCAGCAGUUAACGUUAGGGUUUCCAAAGCCGCAGCUGCCGCUGCCGCCGCCGCAGCCGCUGCCACUGCUGCUGCUUCAAGUGGGGCAGGCACCCCCACUGGCCGAUCGAACCUUCCCGGCACUCCCACCACUCCUUCUGCUGCUGCUAUAGCAGCCCAACGGGAAGGGAAAAUAGGCGGGCAGAUCGGGAGCACCAUAUAUGAGAGCGGCCGAAGCGACGCCACAGGUUCGGACGGCAGCAGCUUCAGCUUCGGCAAGCUGUCCGGCCGAGGCUCUGACCGAGCCUCCGACCGAACCUCCUGCCCGACCCCGGGCCUGGCGCACCCCACUGCCAACCCCUGGGGACGCAUGGGGGGAGGCUUCGGAACAGGAUCAGGCACGGGCAUGGGCAUGGGGAUGGGGAUGGGCAUGGGGAUGGGGAUAAGCAUAGGAGUGAUGGGUGCGGGACUGUCCCGGCAAAUCCCUUUAGAGGAGAUUUUAGCAGCGACUGACUCGUGGGAUCCGAGGAGGAAGCUUGGAGAGGGAGGGUUCGGGUGUGUUUACAGAGGGGACGCUGCUAACGGGGAGGUGUGGGCUGUGAAGCGGGCGAACACGGUUUCAGACGAACAGCUGGAGGAGUUUGAGAAAGAGGUGUCAUUCAUGAGUCGCAUAGCCCACCAGCACCUGGUGCGACUCAUAGGCUUCUGGGCGGACUGUGACGAGCGAAUUCUCAUCUAUGAGUACAUGCACAACGGCAUGCUCUCCUCGCGCCUCCACCGCAGCGCCUCCCAUCUCGCCUCCUCCCACCCCGCUUCCGAAGCCCACGCCAAAGACAGCAAGCCGUUUUUCAAGCUCUACCCAACUUCUGCCUCGACUAGCAAGGCCGCUUCUGCUGCUGCUGCCCGUGCAUCGGACCUCCCACCUCCUCUGACGUUUGAUGAGAGAGUGAGCAUUGCUGUAGGGGCCGCGGAGGGGCUGCGAUAUCUGCACGAUUUCGCUGCCGAUUCUGUGAUCCACCGCGAUAUCAAAUCAGAUAAUAUCCUCCUCACGGAUAAGCUCCAGGCGAAGGUAGCGGAUUUCGGGCUGCUGAAAUCGGCCGAUCUGGCCGGCAGCGGGGGUGCUGGUGGGGGGGUAAACCACACCCGACUCAUGGGUACCCCGGGGUAUUGCGACCCUGAAUACUCAAAAACCUACAUGGCGUCGGCGAAAAGUGAUGUUUAUAGUUUUGGAGUGGUGCUUUUGGAGUUGAUUUCCGGGCAGCGGGCGAUUUUAUCUGAGAAUAGGAAGAAAGGUAUUGCAGGCAGCAUGGCUGCUCUGCUGUGGCUGAGACCGGGAGUGGGCGGGAAGACGCAGCAGCAGAAAGAGAUGGAGAUGCUGGGCUUUAAGAAGAACAAGAAAUCGAGCAUGCGGGCGAUAACAACGCUUGUCAGCUGGGCCAUUCCGCUGAUAGCAGCAGGCAAGCUCAAGUCUGUGGUCGACCCUGCUCUCGAAAACAACUACCCACCGGGAGCAAUGAAAGCCCUGGCCAGCGUAGCAGCCAUGUGCGUCCAAAAGACUGCCGCCCAGCGGCCGUCCAUGGCUGAGGUGGCAACACGACUGUCUGCCAUCCAGCACAAGGUGCAAGUCCUGCACAUCCAGGGGGAAGAGCCCAAGUAUAACUUCCAACCCACACUUGCCGGCCCCUUACCUACUUCUGCCUCUACUGGCGUGGGGGAGGAGGAGGAGGAGGAGGAGGAGGAGGAGGAGGAGGAGGAGGAGGAGGAGGAGGAGGAGGAGGAGGAGGAGGAGGAGGAGGAGGAGGAGGAAGAGGAAGAGGAGGAGGAGGAGGAGGAGGAGGAGGAGGAGGAGGAGGAGGAGGAGGAGGAGGAGGAGGAGGAGGAGGAGGAGGAGGAGGAGGAGGAGGAGGAGGAGGAGGAGGAGGAGGAGGAGGAGGAGGAGGAGGAGGAGGAGGAGGAGGAGGAGGGAGUGGAGGAGGAACAGGAGGGUCUGGGCCAGGCAGUAGCAGAAGCUUCAAUCGGACGGUGUCGGCACCUGCUCAGCGGGCUGACCAGGCAGGGGUUGGGAGUGGAAAGGAGAAGAAGAAGCAUAGGUACCAAGAGAUCAUGGGCCCCCUCUGUCAUUAACGAGAAUCAGCAGCAGCAGCGGCUUCACCAGCAGCAGCAGCAGCAGCAGCAGCAGCAGCAGCAGCAGCAGCAGCAGCAGCAGCAGCAGCAGCAGCAGCAACAGCAACAUCUGGAGCCUAUGGGUUCUGCCUUUGUGCGUGCUCUUUCAGUCAGCCGCUCGUUUCCAUCUCACGGCGCAGGCGCUUCAGGUGCAACACCACCAGCCACAUCAGCAGCAGCAGCAGCAGCAGCAGCAGCAGCAGCAGCAGCAGCAGCAGCAGCAGCAGCAGCAGCAGCAGCAGCAGCAGCAGCAGCAGCAGCAGCAGCAGCAGCAGCAGCAGAAGCACCAGCAGCAGCAGCAGCAACUAGGGCAGCAGCUGCAGCAGCAGCAACAGGAGCAGGGGCAGCAAUCAAAUCAGACGCAACGGGAGAAGCAGCAGCAUUGGAGGCUGUAACGGAAACAGCAACAGAAAUGGGGCUAAUGGGGAAGACUCCUGAAGAUUCUCCAGGAGGCAGGGAGAAAGACAGGGGAGUUCAAGGUGUGGAAACUCGCUGGGAUCUCGGGGUUGGGCUGGGAGGCUCGGCACUUGCUUUGGGGCCUGCCCUUCUUGCCCGAGCCGGAGUAGCAGGCUCGGGAAGGGAACCGGGGUCUUCAGCUGGGGCGGGUUCUUCUGGGGGAGGCGCCACUGAGAGGGUUUUGUUCAGGGAGACUCGGGUGUUUCCGAUGGCAGUGUUUAAAGAGCCUGAGUUUUCACCUGGGCCGGGUUCAUCCAGGGGAGGCGCCACUGAGAGGGUUCUGUUCGGUGAGACUCAAGUGUUUCCGCUGGCGAAAACUCACAGCCCUCUCUCAGGCUUCCUUGCACCGUUGGCCGGUGGGAACGAGAGCGGCGGUGGUGCUGCUGCUGGUGGUGCUGGUGGUGCUGCUGCUGAUUCUGGUGGCGGUGGCAGUGGUGGUGGUGGUGCUGCUGCUGUUGCUGCUGCAGUAACGGGUGCUGGAUCUGUUGGUGCCGCUGGCUCUUCUGGUGCUGCUGCUGCUGCUGCUGCUACUGCUGCUGCUGCUGCUGCUGGUGCUGGCGGUGCUGGUGCCGGCGGUGUUUCUAUGGGUGAUGGCACCAGCAGCGGCAAAGUUGACUCUGCUGGCGCUGGGGGGAGGUCAGGAGCAGGAGUAGGAUUGACGGAUCUGGGAGUGGGUUUAUCAGGGGGAGGUUUAGUUGGAAGGGGUAAGUUAGUAGGAGGGUUGCUGGGUGGAGGAAUAUCAGGAGGAGGGUUACUCGGGGGAGGUACAUCCGGAGGAGGGCUUUUGGGGGGAGGCUUAUUCGGAGGAGCUAUGCCAGGAGGACAGACUCAGUUCCCGGACCUCAGCACGCAGCUGGGCCUCAGGCCGCCAGAGAGCAUUGAGUAUGAGAGCCGGGAGCUAGCCCGAGCGGUGCAGCAGAAUAGAAUCCUAGAAGAGGAGAUAGUUCGGCUGCAGGUGCAAUCCUGGGAGCUUAAGGAGCAAAACCAGGAGCUGCAUUCGCGGGUGGUUCGGAUGGAGAAUACCAUGAAGUAUCGGGAGCAGAGAGGGGUUGGUAGCGGUGCGGGAGGGUGGGUGCAGCCGCAGCUUCAGCGGAUGGAGAAUCAGGUGGUGGUGCUGACGGGGCGGGUGCUGCAGCUGCAGCAGCAGAACCGCGCGGCUAAAGGGGAGAUUGAGAGGCUGAGGAAGGAGUUGGAUGCGGCGAGAAGGGGAGUCUCAGGAGGAGGAGAAGAGGAGAAGAGAGGAGAAGAGGAGAAGAGAGGAGAAGAGGAGAAGAGGUAA